AUGGCACUUGAGAUGCUCUUUUCACUGUCCCCCGCAGCCCUGGCAGUGGGCCUCGCAAUCCUAGGCUCGGCGUACUGGUUAGCCACCUACGCCUACCUCUACUGGUUUCAUCCCCUAUCCAAAUACCCAGGCCCUCCUCUCGCCGCCGUCUCCGAGCUAUGGUAUGCAUCGGCAUGGACCAGCGGCUUCUGGAACCGCAAGAUCGAACAGGCGCAUCGCCAAUAUGGCGAUAUCGUCCGGAUUGCGCCCAACGAACUCUCGUUCGCGACAGCCCAAGCCUUCCGCGACAUCUACGGCGCUCCCUCGAAGACACGCAAGCUGUUCCUCAAGUCCGACCGCUUCUAUGACAACGGACACCCGAACAUCGCCUUCGUGCUGGACCCGGAAGAGCAUGCCCGCCAGCACCGCAUCUUCGCGCCUCAGUUCCGCCCCUCCGCCGUGCGCACCCAGGAGCCCAUCAUCCACGCCCACGUCGACCGGUGCGUGGACCAGAUCGCAGCCCGCAAGGACACCCCCCUCGACGUCUCCAAGUGGUUCGAGUGGCUGACCUUUGAUAUCAUCGGCGAACUCACCUUCGGCGAGUCCUUCAACGCCGUCCGCGAUAACAAAUCCCACCCCUGGGUCUCGAUCCUCCUCGAUGCCACCUACAGCGGCUCCAUCUUCAAUCUGCGCAAGCGCCUAGCCUUCGUGGGCCCCCUGCUGCGCUGGAUGCCGUACAUCUCGCCCACGGCCCGCGCGGCCGUCGACUCCAUCACGCGCCACGGCGACAUGACGCUGGCCAAGACACGCAAGCGCAUCGAAGUCGGUCCCGCGCGGACCAACAACCCCAACCACACCCCGGUCGAUGACUUCCUCGCGCACGCCAUCCGCGCCGGCGGGAUGUCCGACACCGAGCUCGCCAACCAAGCGAUGGUGAUGCUGACAGCCGGCGCAGAGACCAGCGCCACGGCACUCACCGCCGCGCUAUGGUACCUGUCUCAGGCCGAACAGGCACGGUGCGUAUCUCGACUGCGCGACGAGGUCCGCGGGGCGUUCGGCAGUCCCGCCGAAGCCACGGGGGAUGCGACGGCGCGGCUACCGUAUCUGAACGCCGUGCUGGAGGAGACGAUGCGCCUGUUUCCGCCGUCGCCGGUGGGACCGCCGCGCGUGAGUCCCUGCGGCGGCGAAUCCGUCGACGGCACCUUCGUUCCGGAGGGUGUCUAUGUCUCCGCCGACGUCUGGAGUAUCCAUCACGAUGCGCGCACCGUCGGCGACCGUCCAGAUGAAUUCCGACCCGAGCGGUGGUGCGAUGGCGUCGGAGCGAAGCCGCACACGGUCCCAUUUAGUAUCGGCCCGCGCAUGUGCAUCGGGGUGACCCUCGCGUGGGUUGAGAUGCGCAUUGUCUUGGCAAAGACGGUGCUUGCGUUUGAUUGGGAAUUGGACGAGGGUGGCGACUGGGUCGAGGAGGCGAGGCUGAAGCAGUUGUGGAAGAAGCCGCCUUUGAAGAUACGCUUUCGGCCGGUGGGGGGGUAA